AUGGGUGCCGAUCGAACAUUUCUUCUUCGAGGUUUAACGGACGGCGAAGCUUCCAGGCUAUUUGAAAACAAGGUUGGCGACAAGCUCAAAGACAAUGAGGAAUUGAAAUCAAUAGCAGAUCAAGUGGUCAAGAAGCUCGCAGCCAUGGGGUUGGGCUUGUUUGAAAGAUUUAAUAAGACUAUACAAGCGUCGAGGGAUAGAUUGAAUGAUAUGCUCAGUGAACUCCGUUCUGCUUGUUUGUUGUUGGAUGGUGGCAAUGACAAGGACAGUGUGACCAUACAUGAUCUUUACAGCGAGGCGGUCGUCUCAGAUGCAUUUAGUGGUCCGGAUUCCUUAAUGAUUAACAACAAUUAUGGCUUAUGGCCAAAGGAAAAGCUUGAGAAAUGUUGGGCAUGCCUGGUUAAUGUUGGCAAUGACAAGCUUGCUGAACUAAUGCUACGUCAGUUUCCCCACGUGAAGAUACUUAUGUUGUCGGAACAAGCCGAUAUGGGAGAUCGUAGUAGAAUUGAUUUCACAUACAUGGAGGAGCUUCGAGUCCUCUAUCUUCGCUCCAUGCAUAUCACCAGUUUACCUUCCUCGAUGGAAAUCCUCGGAAAUCUCCAGUCAUUAAGCAUAAAUUGCCAUGUGGAGGAUGUGGCAAAUCUUGGCAAGCUCAAAGCAUUGCAGAUUCUCAGCUUCGCAGGGCUUGUCGAGUUGAGGAGCAUGACAAAGCUAAAUUCUCUGGAAAUAUCGAUUCGUGAUCCCAUCCUACUCUUGGAGGUUGAUGACCUGCCAUUUGAGAAGUUGACUAGAUUUUGGAUCAACAUAGGAAAUGUUGAAGGAAGGGAAUUUAAAGGUUUGAGAACCAUGAAAAUCAACUUGGAAGGGCAUGAUAGUAUUCUUUCAAAAAUAUGGGUCCGGAAAACUCUCCAGAAAACUCAAUACUUGUGUUUGGACAGAUUGGGAGAGUUUGAGAACGCUUGCGAGUUGUGCAUUCAAGAAUUUCCACAAUUGAAGCAUCUCGACAUUCAUAACAGCCCAUCAAUAAAGUAUAUUGUCAGUUCAUCCAAUAGUGUUUUUACGAUUUUAGAAUCUUUGCUCCUUAGCGAGCUUAUCAAUCUAGGGAAGAUAUGCCAUGGUCACAUCGCCGCAGAGUGCUUCAGCAAACUAAAAGCUGUGAGCGUCAAAAAGUGCAACCGAUUGGAAUACUUGUGGAGUCUUUCACAUGUGCAAAAUCUUGUACAGUUAGAAAAUAUUGACGUAUGGAAUUGUAACUCAAUGCGAGCCAUUGCAAGAAAAGAUAUGGUCCCUGCCGAUUGCAGAGUUGAGUUGCCUUACCUACGACAUCUGUAUUUGGCUAACUUACCAAAUAUGAGGAGUUUUUGCUCAAGAGCUGAGAUGACUUCAGAAGGUACUCCAAUUCAGGCGAGGGUUAUGGAUGAAGGAGGAGGAGAUGAAGGGACAGAGUUAGUAACCCCUACUUUAGAUUUACAGAAUACUUAUUCGGAUUCCUUCUUCGACAAAAAGGCUAGUUUACCAAACUUGGAGGACUUUAAGCUUGACUCUAUGGGAUCCUUCAAAAGGAUAUGGCCCGAUGAACUUUUCAGAAGUUCCUUCUACAAAUUAGACACCAUCACUAUCGAGAAUUGCUCUGACCUACUCCACAUCUUCCCUUCGACAAUCAUAGGGAGAUUGCACAACCUGAAAAGUGUCGAGGUUGAAAACUGUCCAUCCUUGAAAUCGUUGUUUGAUUUUGGGUCCUUAGAUUCAAAUACGGAACAAAACGUGGUAUUGCUCCCUGAAUUGGUCACAUUUCCCAAUAUGAGAUGUCUAAGAAUCAAUGGCGUUCCAUGCAAAGAGCUAUGGAACAAUCAAAUUCCCACCGAUUCCUUUCAAAAGUUGGAAUAUCUUUCAUUGAAUAAAUGUGAGAAUCUCCAAUGUAUUGCCACUUCUUAUAUGUGGAAGAAGCUGCAGCAUUGUCUUGAGAAACUAAAAGUGAUUUCAUGCCGUUUGAUCAAGAUCAUAUACGAAGGUGAUGGGAUGGAUACAGAGAUUGGUAAAUUGAGGAGGCUAGGUUUGUUUAAUCUCAAAAACUUGACGCAAAUUUGGCAGUUUGAUGGUCUCCCAAACAUCCCAUUCCCAAACUUGAGAGACGUGCAGGUUUUGUGGUGCCCUCAUUUGGAAAUGCUUUUCACUACCUUCACAGCAAAAUUGCUCGGGCAAAUUGAAGAGCUGAUAGUGGAGUCAUGUGAAGAUAUGGAACUAAUUGCUGGCCAUGAAAAAGGGGAAGAAGUGACUCGCACGGCAAUCACCUUCUCAAAGUUAAUUGCUCUUAAGCUUUCCAAGUUGCCAAAAUUCAGGAGGUUCUUCUUAUCUGAGAAAUACUCUUUGACGUUCCGUAAGGACUUCCCAUCCUUGCGAGGCUUCAGUAUAGAAAGCUGUGGAGCAAAGCCAGACCAAGUCCUUGGUGACUUGAAAAACCACAUUACGACAAUGGCCUUGGAAAAUCGGCUUUCCAACUUACGGUCUAUUGAUUCAUCCUUCUUCAUUCUCCAUCCACCAGUAGCCGCCGCCGAGAGUCCAUCGCUGGCCACCACAAGACAUGGCACGCUGAGAAGGGACAAAGAACAGAGAGCAUUGAUGGAAGGCUGGUCGAUCACCGCUUCCUCUCACCUGCUGGUCGUCAUCGUUCCACACACCCGUUCCGCUGCGAAGAAGUUCUGUAAUGCCGGAGUGCUUGAACUUGAAUCAUGGCUGCCUGCUUCGACGAUUCUGUUCCUUGAUGUUGCUUCUGUUAUCUCCUUACUCAUGUCUGAUGUCAAUCGCUAUAGGUAA